AUGCGCAUUCUGGCGAGACUAUCAAAUAAACAAGUAGGGUUAGUAUAAUAUUGAACGCCUCUUGAAAAUGUCUGCAAUUCUAAAAUUAGGACGUGUCAGGUCAAUAUCGGGACUUUUUCGGACCCAGAAAGCAUGCAUGUCGGUGGCACUUCCGCAACCAAACCCAGAACCGGACAUUAAAUAUACAAAGGUGUUUAUCAAUAAUGAGUGGCGGGACUCUGUUAGUGGCAAAACAUUUCCGACUGUUAACCCAAGUACCGGAGAGGUCAUCUGCCAGGUAGCAGAAGGUGACAAGGCUGACGUAGACAUAGCCGUAAAAGCCGCCCAGGAUGCCUUUAAAUUGGGAUCGCCAUGGCGACGUAUGGAUGCUGGUGAAAGGGGCUACAUUCUCAACAAAGUUGCUGACCUCAUUGAACGAGACAGAAAAUACCUUGCUGAAUUGGAAACAUUGGACAAUGGUAAACCGUACAAUGUGUCCUACAACACCGACCUUACUCUUGUUUUACGUUGCUAUAGAUACUAUGCUGGAUGGGCAGACAAAAAUCAAGGCAAAACCAUUCCUAUUUGGGGAGAUUACUUCAGUUACACAAGACACGAGCCAGUUGGAGUAUGCGGACAAAUUAUCCCUUGGAAUUUCCCAUUGUUGAUGCAGGCAUGGAAGCUCGGACCAGCACUAGCAACAGGAAAUGUUGUUGUCAUGAAGCUUGCUGAGCAGACGCCCUUGACAGGACUUUAUAUUGCCUCCCUUUUUAAAGAGGCUGGUCUUCCAGAAGGAGUACUCAAUAUUAUCCCAGGGUAUGGACCUACAGCAGGAGCUGCAAUCUCCAAACACAUGGAUGUACAUAAAGUUGCCUUUACUGGAUCUACUGAUGUCGGCCAGAUUGUUGCAGCUGAUGCCGCAAGCUCCAAUUUGAAGAGAGUCACGCUCGAGCUGGGAGGCAAGAGUCCAAACAUCAUUUGUGCUGACGCAGAUG